GAACGGUUAGCCUUAGAAACUGAUCAAGUAGAUUAUUGUCUUGGGAAUUCUGUCAAUUUUAAUCAUCAAAAUAAAAAUGAAAACUUUCUGUGUUUUGAUACCAUUUUUCUAUGUAAAUGUUUUUGCAGUUAAACUAGCACCAACGAACUAUAUAGAAGAAAUUGUCAUUACAAAUAUUCACAUCCAGCAAGCUUCUAACUAUAAUCAUAUUCCUGGAGUUGAAAAUGUAUUAGAGCAUGUUAUUGAAUCAAUUGCUUAUGGACACGAAUACGGGAUAGACCAAUUGUAUUUUAUGAUCGCUUUACCAGAUAAGGUUAACCUUACAAACACACAGGAACAUAUUGCAGAACACAUAAAUCGCCAGAGAGCUAUGCAAGCAGAAAUAACAGUUAAAUUAUCUAUUCCUGUGCCUCAUGUUGAGAUUCAAAAUUUUGAAGACUUAGAUUUGACACAGCUUGGAGAAGAUAGAAGACUUCUUACUGGACCAGCUUUAAAAAAUAUAAUCAGACGUGCAUUAAGUGGAUACAGACCAAAUGCAACUCUAAGCCAAUUAUGUCAUUUAAUAGGAUUGAUGAUGAGUACAAAAGUCGGCAAAAUAUUUACAACAACUCAUGAAAUCUACCCUAAUAUUCUUUGUAUCUUAUGGGAUAGGGCCGAUCAUUAUAUAAAAUACAGAGUCUUCGAAGGCCAACUCUGGCAAGUAGCUGACGAUUAUAUUGAUAAGAAAUUAGAACCACUUUGGGCACAGCUAUCAUAGUUUAGGCUAGAAAUCAGAAUUAUAAGUCUUACAAAAGAAUGGGUUUCUAAUAAAAAAAAUUAUUUUUGUAUAUUGCACUAAUGUCUACAAUGUCAAUAUUCAUUUAAUAUGUAUUUCGAAGUAAACAGU